AUGAACGAAUUACUGGCUCUUCUUCUCCCCAGUAAUGAAGCGAAAACGAGCACAACCAUUGAUCAGCAUAGUUGUUUCAAUGGGAAUUCCUCUACCCUGGAGCAAGAAAAAGGGAUUCAAUCAAACUCGUCAGGACAGUUCCCUAGUUUUUUGAAACAGCUGCUUAAAUCCCAUCUUUCUGGAAAAUUUUAUCUGGGUUUACCCAAGAAGUUUUGCGAUGCACAUAUGCCAACCCAAGACGAGUCUAUUGUUUUGGUUGAUGAAAGUGAUAAAGAAUACAGCAUGAAAUAUUCGGUUCGUAAAAAUAGAUUAAGCGGUGGUUGGAGGAUUUUCUCCGUGUCACACAAAUUACUAGAGGGAGAUGCUCUGUUAUUCCAUCUGAUUGAGCCUUGCAAGUUCAGGGUGUAUAUUAUGAAAGCAAGCAAAGUAACGGAAAACGAAGGGUUGGUUGGCAUUCACACCCAUGAUUUCCCGAACAUUAGGCCAAUAAGCAGUGUGAAAAUCGAAGACCGAACGGACGGUCAAACAACACGACGCGUGCUCGUAAAUCAUCGCGAAACAAAAAAGCCAAGAACUAUUAGCGAAGUCAAACUUCCGAACUCCAAUCUCCCAGAAAUAGACAUCGAAAAGGGCUUUGACGAUUUCCAGAUUCAAAUGGACGGUCUAAUUCUCGACCCGGAAAUACCGUCUGUUCUCAGGACAAAAUAUUACAACCUAUGCAGCAGCCAAAAAGCAUUCUUACACGACUCCCUAAUCAAAGGCCUCAGCAGUAAACUAGUCGUGGCCAUGAUUUGUGAGACCAUAAACAUAUCAGAUGCCAUUAGGUCCGCGGACCUUGCCACAUCAGAUCACUGCCUCGAUUGCUGGGAGAAAACCUUAAAAGCUUUCGAGGAUUUGGGAAUGGCAGUCGGGUUUUUGCGAGAUAGAGUGCAAAAGCUGAAAGGCAUAAAACGGGAUCAUCAAGUGAUGUCGUUGAGUGUAAGAACAUUGGUGGGUCGUGUGGAGGCUGAGGUGGAAGCUCUCGAGUGGGAGGAUAAGAAGCUUUGUUACGAGUUCCAAAUGCUUGCUCGAGCCCCAUGGUGA